UUCGGCCAUUAAUUAAUAAUCAUGUCGAAUCGAUCGUCGAGCAUUUUCGCGUGGAUUCUACUCGUCCUGGCAACGUUAACAACGGCGUGGCCGACGCUCCGUCGUCGCGACGUCUUCGAUAACGCCGUAGACAGUCCUGACGGACUGAUCGCGCAUCUGCAGCAUCUCGGCGAAUCGCUCUUCAGAUUGCCGGACAACGACACCGGAUUAAAGGUCGCGCAGUGGCACGAGGGUAUGAACGUAAAUCCCGAGGAAUUAGGCAACUACGUGGAGGGUGACAUCCUGUUUCCGUCCGUUUUCGGAAGGAACGGUCUCAAGUCGGACACCGCGCGGUGGCCUAACGGCAUUGUUCCUUUUAUGAUCAGUCCUUAUUUUAAUGCACAGCAGCAGAGACUCAUAUAUGACGCGAUGGACGACUAUCACAAAUAUACGUGCAUCAGAUUCAAGCCGUACACGGGCGAGGAAAACGAUUAUAUCAGGAUUACGGCGGGCAAUACUGGAUGCUGGAGCAGCGUGGGCAGAAUUGGCGGUCGACAAGAUGUAAAUCUUCAGGUUCCCGGCUGCGUGACGAAAAAGGGCACCGUGAUACACGAACUGAUGCAUGCCGUCGGUUUUCUGCACGAGCAGAGCAGAUACGAGCGAGAUAGCUACGUGUACAUUCAAUGGCAGAAUAUUAUGAACGGUCACAGUGGCAAUUUCGAGAAAGCCUCCAGGGAAACCACCGACGCUUUCGGUGUCGGUUACGAUUAUAGUAGUGUGAUGCACUACUCAUCGACGGCAUUUUCCAAGAAUGGUCAACCUACUAUAGUGCCCAGAGAACAACCCGGUGGCAUUUUGGAUCUUAUUGGUGGAAUCUUCCAGGGUAACGCCAAAGUUGAACUCGGGCAGAGAGAAGGCUUCAGCAAAAGGGACAUUCAGAAAAUCAGGAGAAUGUACAGGUGCAGCAAACGUAGGCGUAGUCAGUACUGAUGACGGGACACAACCGGUUUGAUAAUAAAAUGCAUUUAACAUAUAAAAAAUUCUUAAUUAGAAUUCGCCGACAUAAAUCUGUGCGCAAUAUGAAGAAAUGUCUAGUCUAAUCUUAUACGUGUACAAGGAAAAGUAAAAAAAAAGGUCUCUUUAGAGACUUAUUUCUUAGAAAUUUGCGAACAUUUGCAACGAAGCGCAGAUUAUUGUAUAAUUAUUUUUACCAGAGUUACACUUUGAGUCAAGUAUUUCUGGAUCAAGUUUGUUUGAAUAUUCUCACACAAUGACUAUUGUUGAAAAAUUCAAAUAGCUAGUAACUUGGCUGCAAAGCCGAUUAUGAAGGUAAAACUGAAGACGUUAUUGAUGUCCAGCGUAAAAUGCGAUCUUAAAAACAAUAACGGCAAAAGUGAUCAGUAUUAUUAUCUAUCAAUGUCGUCAUCAUCGUAUAUUGUAAUUAUAAAUGUAUCUAUCUUAAGUAUUAAGAAUUAUAGAUUAUAAUAUAUGUAUAAGUGCAUUAUUUACAGCAUUCUUUUGUUGAAAGAGCCCUCCCGAAUUAAAAUUUUGCUCUUACUGUUGACUUUGCAUGAAAACAUCGAAUGGGAGUUUUUGUUUGAUAAAUUAAAAUGUAUUGCACAUAUUCUAAAAUCACGAUACACUUUAAAAGUGAUAAUACACUUCGCAAAAAUAUUCUUUAUUUGUACAUCAUCUUAUAAGUGCUUUGUAGGUGAAUACACUGCGGCAAUGUACUAUAUUUACAGGAGAAGUUUCUUAUUCUACUUAUUUUCGGUGGAAAUGCAAAAAGGAAUCGCAGUUGCGGAUAAUUUGCUUAUUAAAAAUUAUUGCGAUUAAUAAAUUAUUUGGUACAAUCCGGGAAACAAACUUAAAUGUAAAUUAAAUAGAGCACCAAAUAAACGUAGAACAAAAUCUUAAACUGUAACUAAGAAAAGUUGCGACAUUAUUUCUUUUUAAUGGCCAAAAAGGUAUUUUACUGAAAAAUUGUUGUUUUGAUAAAAAUAGAAAAUUAGGUAAGUAAUAUAACUUAUCGAGAAGGAAAAAGAAAUACAUACUAUUGAAUAAUAAUUAUCGAAAAAUCUUUGAACAAAAUGUUCAAAAAUCGCCGGAAGAUUAUAAAUCUGCGUCAGUAUAAAGCGUAUGUUUUUUACUUAUAUUAAAAAAUUUGCAGUAUA